AUGGCUGCAAUAUUCGUUGAUAUUGAAGAACAACAGCAUACACAACGUUUUUCUGAUAUAUUGGGAGAAUCAGGUCGAAUGUUGAUGCCUAUAGAAGGCUAUGAGAAAAAGCCUAUAGUUACGCUAGAAGAGGCUGUAGAACCCAUUGUUGAAUAUGUACCUGAUGUGAAACGAAAAGUCUACGUUGCGAAAAUGAAAUGUGCAGAGCUUUCACCCGGAAAACUAUCUAUUGAUGAAGCAGCCUCGAUUACUCUCUAUUCGAUGGAAUGGCAGCCGCAAGAUGAGUGUCUUUAUCAUGUUUUAAAUAAAACCUUACGAAAUGGAAAUCGCCAAAAACUGACACCUUGGUUUCUUUUUCUCAAAUUGAUUCUCACUGCACUGGCUCACCUUCCGUCAAUGGCUCGAACGGUUUAUCGCGGUGUUAAGAAAGACAUGAGAGAUGAAUAUCCAGAAGGAAAGACACUUGUUUGGUGGGGAUUCAGCUCUUGUACGUCCAAGCUAAAUGUACUAAAGAACGAACAAUUUUUGGGUGAAACAGGCCCAAGAACAUUCUUUACGAUUGAAUGCGACAGUGGCAAAGAUAUCCGAAAAUAUUCUUGCUAUCAAGCUGAAGAUGAAAUUCUUCUGCCAGCUGCACGGCAAUUUAAAGUCGUGUCAUGUCUCAGUCAAGGUAAAAAUUUUUACAUGAUCCAACUCAAAGAAAUUCAGCCGCCAUUUCCACUCAUUGAACUUGCACCACAACCAUCACCAUCACCAGGACCAGGACCAUCACCACCACCACCGAUACCUAUUGUACCGAAGUCACCAAUUCAACCACAAGGUAGGAAUAUAAAAAAAUUGAUAGAUAUAGGUUAA